AUGGCUGCGGGAAUCGGACAAGUUGUCAAGAAGAGGAAGCUAGACGAACAUCUAUCGGAGGCAAGCGUCGAUGACGCCAAAGACGAGACUUUCCAGUGCUACAUCGAUCAGUUCAAUGAAGGAGUGAACCCUUAUAUGAUCACCUUCAAUAAAGCCCUCGCUUGUCGCAUCUCUCCGUUCUUCGAGGAGGCGUUCCGGAACGGAUCGGACGAGGCCACUAAGGGCGUCUUCAAGUUCGACGGCACCGAUCCCGAAGUUUUCAGGGAUGUCAGCUCCUACAUCAAACGAGGUCAGAUCUUCGAGAACAACCGACGUGGAAAAAUGGGAAGCUGGGAUCACCUUUGCGACCUUUGGAUUCUUGCCGAGAAGCUUCAACUGCCGCGAGUGCAGAAUCUAGUCAUGGAGGCUCUCGCAUCCAAAGCCAACCACACGAAGAUGGACAACUUCACCCGCUCCCACGCCUUGUCGCGUACCUACUAA